AAACCGUCCAACGCCGAACAGAGUGGUGUCACGGCAAUAACACAACAAUCAACACGCAGAAGCUACUCUACACGGAGCGCGUAGCAUAGCAGCGAGCAGUAGACCAGAACUCGUACUGCAGUUAAGACGUAGAAAUAUAACUCAGCUCCGCGCGCUCGCGAUAUACAUUAUACAAUUGCAGCUGACUAUUUUUGUAAUUUAUUUGUUAGUCGAUUCAACGCACAGCUGUUUGAUCAAUCGUACACGUAUUUAUAAUAAAAGUUUUAACAAAGACCGAACGAGAGUUGGAAAAGAAGAGCAUCAGUUUAUAGAGAGAGAGAGGAAGCGGCUGCCGCUCGUCUAUUAUCCAGGAUGAAUCUGUCGUUCGCUGGCUGCGGCUUCCUCGGCAUCUAUCACGUCGGCGUGGCCGUGUGCUUCAAGAGGUACGCGCCGCAUCUGCUGCUGGACAAGAUCAGCGGUGCCUCGGCCGGGGCCAUAGCCGCCUGCUGCCUGCUCUGCGAUUUGCCAAUUGCCGACAUGACGAGUCAGCUGCUGCGUCUGGCCAAGGAGGCGAGGACGCGCACCCUGGGCCCGUUCAGUCCGUCCUUGAACGUGCAGCACUUUCUCCUCGACAGUCUACAGAAGCUGCUACCGGACGACGCUCACCUGCGUGUCAGCGGCAAGCUCCACAUCUCCCUGACCCGCGUCUACGACGGCAAGAACGUCAUCGUCUCGCAGUACAACUCGCGCGAGGACGUCCUCCAGGCCCUCCUCGCCAGCUCCUUCAUUCCGCUGUUCUGCGGCCUCCUGCCGCCCCGCUUCCACGGCAUACGCUACAUGGACGGCGGCUUCUCCGACAAUCUGCCCACCCUCGACGAGAACACCAUCACCGUCUCGCCCUUCUGCGGCGAGAGCGACAUAUGUCCGCGCGACCUCAGCAGUCAGCUGUUUCACGUGAAUCUGGCCAACACCAGUAUCGAGCUGUCGCGCCAGAACAUGUAUCGCUUCGCGCGCAUCCUCUUUCCGCCCGACGCCGAGAUACUCUCCAACAUGUGCAAGCAGGGCUUCGACGACGCGCUGCGCUUUCUCACGCGCAACAAUCUCAUCAAUUGCAAUCGCUGCCUGGCCGUGCAGUCGACCUUCGUCAUACCCGAGAGCGUCGAUCUCAGCGAGGACAGCACAACGGGCAACAACAAAGACAAUAGUAACAACAAAUACAGCAACGAACGGGACUGCGACGACUGCAGGAUGCAUCGGCAGGAGGCACUGGUGGCGAAUCUGCCCGAGACCGUGCUCAUGCUGUUCCAGGAGGCCAUCGACUCGGCCAACAAGGGCCUCGUCAAUUGGCUCUUCAAGCAUCGCAGCGUCCGGCUGCUGAGCUUGCUCAGUCUGCCCUACACCCUGCCCGCGGACGUCGUCUACGCCACUUUCACCAAAUUCGUGCUGAACGCGCCGAAGCUACAAAAGAGCUUGAUGGACAUGACGAGAUACUUCCUGGAGCAGCUCAGCCUCAUCUUUCCGAAGAUCAACGUCUAUUAUCAGCCCAUGCCGCAAACUAUCAAGUGCCAUGUCAACAUAAUGGAUUACGGAUCGAAUAUGUACAGCGACGACGAGCCCUUGUUAUACAAGCCGCACAAAGCCAAUGUUAACGUGACACUGGAAUACGACGACAACGCUAAAACGUGGACGGAUUGCGGACAAUCGACCAAUUGCGUGAUCAACGUGUCGAAUCUGACGCCCAGCGGCAUUGACAAUCGUCAAACUGCCAGCGAUAACUUUGAAAAUAUGCUUCAAGCGACCGCGGACCGAGAGGCCCUGAUGGCCUACUACUACGUCGAGGACGGCAGCAAGGUUCAUUUUUCGGAAAUCAUCGAUAUCAACGAUGACGACGACAACGACAAUCGAGACAACCAACAGUUUUCCAGCGAGUCGGAAACGUGGAAAGUUCAAAAUAACGAUGAGGAACUGAACCGCCUGAACUCGGAAAUGUCGUCGACACCGAAUUCGAUGAUCAACAACGAAACCGACGUCUCCACGGAAUCCAAUCACCAGUGGUAUUUCAGUCAACAACAGCCACAAUCGUAUCAGCAGCAACAGAAACAACAACAGCAAAGCACGCCAGAGUAGUAGAUAUCAAGCAAAUGAUUAUUGAAAUAUUUUUCUUACACAAUUGUUAUUACGCUAUUAGAGAGUAAAAAAUAAGCGAGCGAGCGAUUAGAAGAAUCCGCGCGAAGAAGCGAUAAUAUCAAAUUUUUUUAUUUUUUCGAUGCGUCGUCACGCGAAAAUGAUCGUAGAUCAUACAGAGCUGGCAAAAUACCUAGUUAAUUUUUUUUUCUUCCUAUUCGCAAGAUUUCUCGAGCCUCUGUUCGAGGCAAUUUAUACACGUAGCAAUUUUUCGUUACUCUUAGGCAGUAUUUAUAUUUAUUUUUCCGAUGUUGAUGAUAACAACUCGCAGACGUUUAAUUUUACGUUUUAUUCUAGGUGCGUAAGUUUAGUUUUACUUGAUGAUUUUUAAUUACUUUGCCAUGUAGAUUGUUUAUUCUCGGUACUAUCGGCAUUUCUCUAGCAAAAAUUGAUAAUAAUUAGAUGACAUUUUUUUUUAAUCACAUUUUUUUAGUGCAAUAUAUUUUUUUCUCUUCUAUGAUAAUGAAAUUUUGGUGCUACUAUAGUAAGAUGCUCGGCUGCAUAUGAGUGCAUUUCUGAUGCGUGACUCAUAGCGGCGAAAAAUAAUUUUAUUCUGUUUAUAAAUUAUAUAUACUAGUCGGUACGAAUUGGAGAACCGUCGGUGUUCAUCUCUCUUUUCGCGACCCUCACGAUUGAAACGACACAUUCCAAUUAACAUUAAGUUGAAUGAGAUUCACUUAAACGAUUGUAACGAAAUUGUAUAUUUUUGAUACUGAUGAAAUUAGUACUUAAACUAUUUGAAUCGAUUCGAUAUGAAGCUCAUCGAAAAAAAGUGAAAACAGAAAGCUUCAGCAAGCAAUUCACGUUGCGUUGGAGCGUCCAUGUAAAUUAUUCGCGAAGUGUAUCGUUAUUUUUUUAUAAAUCAUAUUUUUGUACAGUAAUCUUGUAGCUAACAAGACAAUCUUACAAAUAAUGAAAACAGUCUGAAACUAGUAAA